UUCUUCCCACGAAAACUCCUCCGAGGAGGGCCGGGAAUGGUCCCUUCAAGACGCAGGUCGGACACGGCUCUUGGGACACCGCCUGCACGAUAGGUUAGAAGUCGCGGCCACCGAGACUACGGGCGCCGCCUCCACGCGAUGCCUCCGCCGCUCAACCGGUUCCCCAGCGGGCCGAACACCCUCUCGGCCUACCACCAGCAAUUUCCCGCCCAUGCCCAGCACGCGACCAGCCAUCCGCCGCCCCUCGGUGGCACUGCCGCCUACCUCAACGCCCAGGUCGGCCAGGUGAACCCCUACGCGACGAACAGCAACCUAUUAGGCCUGGCGGGGGGGAUCAACGCCGGGGCUGGGGCUGGGGCUGGUGCCGGUGCCGGUGUCGGUGCCGGCUUCGGCGUCGGCGUCGGCGCCGACUCCGGGCUGGCGAGCCAUGCCGCGCGCAUGGGCUUCGCGCACGCGAGCAGCCUGCAGCAGCAGCAACAAUCUCAGCAACAAGCCCUCCAGCAACAGCAACAAUCACAACACGCUCAGCAUGUCCCGCCGGUCCAACAUCCGCAGCAUGCGCAGCAGCAGGGACACGGGCUGGCGGAACACGCGACACGAGCAGCCCAGAAGGGACGGAUAAGGGAAGUGUGGAAGCACAACCUGCACGAGGAAAUGGCGAACCUGCGAGACCUGGUCGACAGGUAUCCGUACAUUGCUAUGGAUACCGAGUUUCCAGGCGUCGUGGCGAGGCCGAUGGGAGGCUUCCGUGGUAAGAGCGACUACCACUAUCAAUGUCUCCGGACAAACGUGGAUCUGUUGAAAGUCAUACAAAUCGGCAUCGCCCUCUUCAACGAGGACGGCGAGCAGCCGCCCGCCCGCCCGAGCUCGACCGACUCGGCCGACCUGCGGCGGACAGGCAGCCAGGCACCGCUGCCCUACGCGUGGCAGUUCAACUUCAAGUUCUCGCUUAAGGACGACAUGUACAACCAGACGUCGAUCGAGUCGCUGCAGCAAGCGGGCAUCGACUUCGCGCUGCUGGAGCGGGACGGCAUCGACCCGCACGAGUUCGCCUCGCUGCUGAUCCCCUCGGGCCUGGUGUGCUUCGAGAACGUGCGCUGGCUGAGCUUCCACGGCGGGUACGACUUUGGCUACCUGACCAAGCUGCUGAUAUGCCGGCCGCUGCCGUGCGACGAGGUCGAGUUCGACCAGAUCAUGAAACUAUACUUUCCCUCGACGUAUGACGUUAAGCACCUCAUGAAGCACGCCAUCAAGCUGCUCAACAGCGGCAUGCUCACCCCGAGCGACCCGAGCGCGACCGAGAUCCUGCAGAAGUUCGAGCAGAAGUCCGGCCUGGAGCACAUCGCCGAGACGCUCAAGCUGAAGCGCGUCGGCAGCGCCCACCAGGCCGGCUCCGACAGCCUGCUGACCGGCCGCGUCUUCUUCGAGCUGCGCAAGCGCAUCUUCAACGGCGAGAUCUCCGACGACCACCUCGGUAAGGUCUGGGGUCUCGGCUUCCCCGACUUCUCCGUUGGCGGCGCCGGCAUCACCGUCGGGCCCCUCGGCGGCAGCGCAGCAUCCGCGCAGCAGCAGCAGCACCAGCAGCACCAACAGCAGCAGCAGGUGGAGAACACCCCGCCGGGCCACAACCACCACCACCCCAACGGCGGCGGCGCUGCUGCCCUGCAGAACGGCACCCCGAGCACGCCCAACACCGGUAGCGUCGGUUUGGUCGGCACGCCGGCCGCCUCGUCCCACAACACCAACGGCUCCUCCGUGGGCGGCGGCAUGGGGCCGAUGACGCCCGGCGGCGGCGGCGGCGUCUUUGGCGCGUUUGCGUAUGCCGGCACGGCGCGGUAGAUUCGGACUGACUGACGGAGAAGCCUAGCCGGUGUGGUGGUGUUACAGGCAAUUUGGAUUGCAUGGGACGGGAAAGUAUAAAACAUGUAGCACCCUUUGUUUUCGAGAGCGGCGGGGUGCUAUAAAGCUGAGUUGUAUGUCUCUCUCGGUCGGACGGACGGACAGGGGCAACGCGAGCGUUCGGACUUAGCUGGCGGGUGGACGGGCGGGACAGGCCGCGGGCAAGGUCGGUA